CCUCAUCGACGCGGAAGAUUCUCCCUCCUCAUUAAUCGCACGAGCCGAGCGAAAACUUAAGAGAACGCUGUGUGCAAUGGCUACGUUUCGCUUUGGACAGCACAUCAUAAAGUCUUCGGCUGUGUUCCUGCAGACGGAGUUGUCCUUUGCCCUGGUCAACCGAAAGCCAGUCGUGCCCGGUCAUAUUUUAGUCUGCCCCCUUCGAGUCGUCGAGCGGUUUCGGGAUCUUCAUCCUGAAGAAGUGUCAGAUCUGUUCAUGACCACACAGAGAGUGGGAGAUGUUAUUGAGAAACACUUUCAGGCGACAUCUCUAACCAUCGCUUUACAGGACGGACCUGAGGCAGGACAGACAGUCAAGCAUGUCCACGUCCACGUGCUGCCGAGGAAGACUGGAGACUUUGAGAGGAACGACAGCAUCUACGAUGAGAUGUGGCCAUACUGUGUACAGCCGAGUGACGAGAAGCUCUUGGAUAUAGUGUCUCUCUUUGGCAGAUGUAUUGAACAGCUCCAGAAACAUGACAAAGAAGGUGAGGAUGUUCCUUCCAAAUGGAGAUCAGAAGAGGAGAUGACCAAAGAGGCGUCAGAAUUACGAGGCCUCUUCAAUGAACCUCUUUAGGAGUGGCUGAUUCAGAUGGAAGACGACAACAAGUUGUGAUUAUAUAUGUUAACUGAUCUUUAGCAUCAAAUUAAAACUUAAGUUAAUUUUUGUAUUUCUGUGGAUAAAUAAACAUUUUUCUUUCAAAAGUGUAUCAAAGCUAUUUUACAGGUUAGUGGGUUUAAUAAACUUAAAUACCACAAACAGACUACAGGGAGGAAUUAUUCAAAAGCUCUUUAGAAAGAACUUAAAGGGAUAGUUUACCCAAACUUGUCAUCAUUUACUCACCCUUUAUAAAUAUCUUUGU